AUGCAUCAACGGCUCUGGAAGCCGAUGCACAUCGAAAUUGUGAAGUAUGGCAUUUUUCUCUUCGGGUUCGGUCUAUGUUGCGAGUAUUUUGUGAUCACUGGAUAUUAUGGGGUUUCGUCGAGCGGCUACAUUUACAAUCCCGAAGCACCGGUGUGUUUUUGGGCAGAGAAGAACCUUGGAAACGUCUAUCCAUUCAUCUCACUCUUGAUAAACGUCGGCAGCCUCACGAAACUCAUCUACAUGCGAAUGAAAAAGAAAAGUCAUUUUUCCGAUGGAAAACCAAUUGAGUUCAACCUGUUUAUGAUCUGUUUGGCGAGCCUCUUUGUGCAGCUGGCUCUUCUGAUUUAUGUGGAUUUUGGCGGCAUUGUCGUCAACACACAAUAUCGUUAUUUAGUGUUGAACGUGGUCUCAGAUUUCGGAACGUUAAGCGAGGCAUGGAUUGGAUUGAUGGUCAAUCGAACACUCAGACAGAGGUUUUUCGGUUGGCUACUCAAGCGCCAAUUCUUCCUCGACUCGACCACAGCAGACCAAGCAGCUGACGCGUUCCAACGAGCACCACCGCAU